ACGGCUCGCAGCUGCAGGCUCCCACUGCAUUCGUAAAUUCUGUGUCACUUUGCUUUGCGCCCUGCGCCGCACGGAGGCGCUGCCAUGCCGAUGCUGCGCCCUGCCACGGUGGCCGCGCUCCUGCCCUGGGGCGCCCGGGGCCUCAAGGCGCAGCCCGAGUCCCCCGACGCGCCCGCCUGGAUGACUGCCCAGGAGGCGCGCCCGUGGGGCCAGGAGCUGUCGUUCGAUGACCUGGAGGACAAGGCUUCGGAGGACCAGCUCGCCAAGACGAAGGAGCUCAAGGCGUCAGCGCUGGAAGGGAUCAGGGAGUCGAUGUCGAGCAACCUGCACAGGGCAGAGAUGGAGGUCGACGCCUCAUCCGCACUGGAGGGCUUCGCGGAGCCCCUCAACGAGACCGAGGCUGCUGAGAUCGCCGACGCUUGGCUCACCGUCCCAGGCGCCGAUGUCACCUUCAGCUACAACACCCACUGCGAUCCAGUGGCGGGCUGCCGCAGCAGCGGCCACAAGUGGGGGCAGCCGUCUUUCCAGGAGAUGCAUCGCAAUGUGCUGGCUUCCCUCCGCGCCAUGCGGUUCUGCUUCAGCGAUAUCCUUGUCAUCCUCGACGUUCCCCACGUAGGCCACGACAAGCUCGGCCCAGAGACGCCUGGCAACGUCACCAGCCACAUCGUCACCCCCAAAGAUGUUCCCGGGUCCUUCAGCGAGAUGCGUCUGGCUGCUGGCCAGACCGUCAAGAGGUUCAACGUGGAUUCUGGGCUCUCGACGGCGGCCACCGCCACCGCUAAGGCCGCCGCGGAGCUGCUGCGCGACCACUGCCCUGCCGCUGCCCCCCAGUGGAAGGUGAAGGUCAUGGACUACGGCUCCCAGGAGCUGCGGCAGCGGGCGCUCGAGCACUAUGCCAUUGCAGAUGGGGAGAAAAAUAGCAGCUUCUACGACAACAUGUACAUCAAUACCAUGGCGCUGGACGAGAACUUUCAGGCCAAGAGCCAGUACGUGUACCACAUGGAUGCGCAGUGGCGUCUCUACAGGAGCAAUUUCUCGAGGAGCACCCCUAACUUUAUCGAGAAGGCACUCUCUCUCAUGAAGUCGGACAGCCGGGUCUACAUGGCCUCGGUUAUCAACACGUUCAACCUUGAACCCCAGAAGAACCCGUACAACAAGUUCGCAGUAAUUCCUGGUUCCGUGCAUGGCAGCACCCCUAUCGAGCGUGUGAAGGGGAUGUUGCAAGGCUGGAGCAAGGAUCAGUGGCUGUCGCAGAAGCGCCCGCUUCGCGGAGAGGCUUUCCACGGAAAGUGGGAGGACCCCGAGGCAAACCAGAAGAUCGCGCUCUUCAAGAUGAAUUGGGAGAAGUGGGGCGGCAUCGUCACCCGCCACCAGUUCCUCAUGGACACGCAGCGCUUCAAGAGCCUCUUCCCGCUUGAGGAGUGGGACACCGCUGCGGAGCACAUGUGGUCUUCCAACAUGAACAAGAAGGCCCCUGACAGCGCCUUCCAGAUCUACUUCAACGAGACGGUCGGCAUCUUUGCUGGUCCCUCUGAGGCUUGAUUUUGGAAUCCAGGCGCUCCAGGUAUCUUCUCGGCCUGCAGAGGGAAGCGGAAGAAAAUGAGGUAGGAAUUGAGCGGGUAAGGAUGGUGGAGGGACGAUGGGUCGUGUUGAGUCAUUUGUUUGACGGGCUCGUGGUAUGUUUUUGUGUGUGUGUGUGUGUGUGAGAGUCUCGACUCCAGCAAAUUCAACAAUCCAUUCAUCAUUAACACGCCCUUCGCCUACUUUUGCAGCCCUCCAUUCUUUUCCCUUGCACACUAUAGGUAGGGACUACUAGUACGACUGCCACCAGCUCUCCCCUGCCUUCUCGAGCGUGGCCGAGGAAGCAGUCCGAAGUCUCACCUCUCUUUUCCUAGCUUGGCCUGAUAUUGGCCCAACGCUUGGGCACAUAUGACCUUCCAAAAGGCAGCUUCGGCGAUGUUUCGCCGCAAGCGGUUUCGAUAAUGUUCGCAGCGCUAGAGCAAACGCGCGACUGUACAUAAUGAUAUGCACUUCCUUUGAAUGGUUGCUGACACGUCGCGCGAGCAGAACAUGUCAUCGCGGGACAGUCCCAGGGAAUCCUCG